AUCGCAAUAAAAUCCUACUUUUAAAACCUGAUUCAAAUUUGUCAACAUGGCAUCUCUAGACACGUCAACGCUUUGCUUGUUCGAUGUCGAUGGAACACUCACUGCAUCCAGGAAGCAAGUCCUCCCAGAUAUGGAGGCAUUUCUGGAGAAGCUGAGCCAGCGUGUUGUGGUAGGUCUGGUAGGAGGAUCUGAUCUCAAGAAAAUAGCGGAGCAGAUGAAAGGCAUGGAAGUUCUCAACAAAUUCAAGUAUGUUUUCUCAGAGAAUGGACUGGUUGCUCAUAAAGAUGGCAAACUACUAGCAAUAGAGAAUAUCCAUAAAGCAAUGGGUGAGGAAAAACUGCAGAGCUUCAUCAACUAUGCACUGGGCUAUAUGUCAAAGAUAAAACUACCUGCUAAAAGAGGAACAUUCAUAGAGUUCCGAAGUGGUCUCAUAAAUGUGUGUCCAGUAGGCAGAAGCUGUUCUCAAGAAGAAAGGGACCAGUUUGCUGAAUAUGACAAGGAACACAAAAUUAGGGAAAAAUUUGUUGCAGAUCUUCGAAACCAAUUUCCAGAUCAUGGUCUAGUCUACUCAAUCGGUGGCCAAAUUAGCUUUGAUGUGUUCCCAGAAGGCUGGGAUAAACGAUACUGCUUACGUCAUGUGGAGAAUGAUGGCUACAAAACUAUACAUUUCUUUGGAGAUAAAACUGCAAAGGGUGGAAAUGACCAUGAGAUAUUUGAGGACAGUAGAACUAUAGGCCACACAGUGACUAGUCCAGCUGAUACUAUUCAACAACUAGAACAAUUAUUCUUCCAAUAACAUUCCAGUCAAGGAAUCUCAGGGGGUCUAUAGUAUAGUAAAGUGUAAUAUUCUCAGAAUGGCUCAUAGAUCUAGAAUUUGAACUUAAAAAUUACAUUGAAUAUAAUUAUUCUCAGUUACGCAUAGGAUCAAGGGUUGGAGAGACCAAAGUUCAAUAUAAUGUGAAUUGGGAAUGGCAGAAUCCCAGUAUACGUGCAGUGAAGCUGUGCUAUCUGUAUUAUAUAUGAAUAAUUAGAGUAAAUUGGGCUUUCAACUAAAUUGUGAUAUACGGCUGGCCUGUAUGACAAUAUACGCUUACUGAGAUUGCAGACUUCGGACUGAAAUUAUUCAUGAUUUCUUUAAAAAUGUGUUCAUUACUUUUACCGUGGACAUACCAGAUAGGUCAUGCUUGUACCAACUUUAUUGUUAUUACUAUUUUACAUUUGAUUAUGCAAAGGAGACUACUGGAACAACAUUGAAGAUAUCUUUGAACACAUGUUAUGUGAGAGAGUUUGCUCAGCUUUUUUAACUUUGAUGGCAGCUAAUAUGAUCUUCGUUAAUUGAUAGUACCAGUGUAAUCGUUUUAAUUGUAAAAUGAAGGAAACACAUAUAUACUGACUAUUAAUUGACACUACAUGUACCUUAACAUUGCAAUUGAUGAACUUUAUAAAGGCGAGUGAUACUUAUCUAUGUUAGUAUCGCAUCUUUAGAAAUUGACAUGUUGAAGAAUGUGAGGAAUAUUCCUAGAUUUAUAUGAACAGUAGCUGUCCUUAUUAGGUGGUCUUUUGGCCGAGUGUGGUUGAACUAUAGAAAUGGGAAGUAGAAUAAAGAUGCGUUUGUAAUAACAUUAUGGUCAGAAAUAAAGUAUUUUGUAUUAUACAGGGAUCAGAAUAGUAUUGUUCUUUUGAAUCAAUGACCAGAGGAUCUCAAAACCAAG